CUCCGGGGGCCGACGGGAUACUGGAGGAUACCCGUGGGAGGUCCGACGCCGAGGGGCCGACGGGAUACUGGCGGCCCAGUGAUCGGAAGAUGGCGGCGCUGGCGCGGCUGCGCCCGGGCGGGUUCUUUCGUAUCCUGAAGGUGGCGGGACCGGUCAGGACGGUGACAGGCACGGCUGUGCUAUUUAAACGCGCAGCUCCACUAGGGCCGAUGCCCAAUGAGGAUAUUGAUGUGACGGACCUGGAGUCUCUGGAGAAAUACCGCAGCUAUGCACGGUAUCUGCAGAUGGCAGAGAAGAAAAGCAAGGAACCAAUCUGGUGGCGGACAUACAAACAUUAUAUACAAGAGCCUACUCCAGAGAAAAUUGAUAUCGGUCUCCCUCAUUUUAGAGCAUCUCGGAAGAAGGAACUGAAGGAACGCAGACGCAUUCUUAAGGCAAAUCACAACAACAGUGACCUCGAGAGAGCAUCACGGCACAGAACACUAACGAUUCCACUGGAUGAAGUGAAAGCUGACUGGGAGAAAACAAAUGGUCCUUACCAUUUAAGGACUAUUGGUGAACACUAUGGAGUUUAUAGAGACCUGUUCAACAGAGCAACCUUCGUUCCACGUGUGAUGCUGCGUGUUCAGUACGACUGUGAGGACUAUUCCAUGCCAGUGUAUCAUGGAAAUGUGGUCACUCCCACAGAGGCUGCAGAUGUUCCCAAGGUAUCAUUUGAGGCAGAAGAGGGCUCCCUGUGGACACUGCUAUUUACCAAUCCAGAUGGACAUCUGAGAGACAAUGAAUCAGAGUAUGUUCACUGGCUGGUCGGUAAUAUUCCUGGGAAUGCUGUAUCGGAAGGAGAGGAUGUCUGCCACUAUUUCCCCCCUUUUCCUGCUAAAGGCACAGGAUAUCAUCGGUGCAUCUUCAUUCUCUUUAAACAAGAUAAAGUAAUUAACUUCAAAGAAGACUCCAGGCCGAACCCUUGUCUCAGCCUGAAAAUGCGAACCUUUAAAACCUUUGAUUUCUACAAGAAACAUCAGGAUCUGAUGACUCCAGCUGGGAUGGCUUUCUUCCAGAGUCGCUGGGAUGAGUCUGUCACGCAUAUCUUCCACAAUCUUCUCGAUAUGAAGGAGCCAAUAUUUGAAUACGACUUCCCUCCGGCUUACCAUCCACCUCAGAGAAAAUACCCACAUGGUCAGCCACUCCGAUACUUGGACCGGUACAGAGACAGCCACGAGCCCACCUACGGUAUCUACUGAUCCAGCAAUGGCUUUCCACAGGGGUCCAAGGUCUUCAACUCCAGCUGUGACUGACUGCCCAAGACUGCUCCAUUAGAACUCCUGUAAACAAUUUCACGUGACCAUCCACAAGAACAAGUUCUGUGUUCAUGCAACAGAAAUAAAUAUUUUUCUAAUAUG